AUGGCCUCCAACUCCGGCAUCGUGAAAGACGACAACAGCGGUGAGCGCCACAUUCCCGAGUCGCUCCGCGCCGAUGGAAGCACCCGCAAGGCCAUCAAGAUCCGUCCCGGCUACCGUCCGCCCGAGGACGUCGAGGUGUACAAGAACCGCACCGCCGAGUCGUUUCGAGAGCGCGGCAGUAAGAUGGGCAUUCCCGGCGCGGCCGGCCUGCAGGACGAGCAGGGCUCCUUGGCAAGCAAUAAGAACGCGAAGCGACGGGAGGCGCGCAAAAGGGCAAAGGCUGCGGCCGACGGUGAUGGCGACGGCGCUCCCACGGAACAGGGCAAGCCAGAUGCCCAGCCGCCCAAGACGGAAGAGAUCGACCCGCACGUUGAGCGGGAGAAGAAAGCGCGCAAUCUCAGGAAGAAGCUGAAACAGGCCAAAGAUCUUCAAAGCAAGAAGGAGGGCGGCGAGACGCUGCUGCCGGAGCAGAUUGCAAAGGUCAUCAAGAUCAACGAACUUAUCCGCGAAUUGAACGCUCUGGGUCUCGACGACGACCAGGAACAACCCAAGGCUGUGUCGGACGGGGCACGAGCCAACGGCGGGGGCGACUCCAAGGCCUGA